AUGAAGGUUGCCAGGGCGCACAGCAGUCAACAGGGUAAGAAAGGAGCAGGGAGAGCAAGGAGAAAGCGAGGAGUGGGUGGAGUGUCAACGCGUCUUGCACUGAAGCGUGGGGUGGGUGGGAGAAGGGGAGGAGCACGGACGAGGAGGAGUAAUCGGAGCAAUGGGGCUUGUGGUCGGCUGGGUGGUGAAGAGGAGUUGGAAGGGGUGGAGGGUAGGGAGAAGGAGAGGGGGCAGAGGGAAGAGGAAGGGGAGGGAGGGGAGAGAGGAGAGGGAGAGGAAAGAAUGGAGAUGGGGAGACGUGUGGAGGAGGAGGAUAGUGACGCCGUGCUUGUGGAGGGGCCUGGGGUGGGGAGGCUGGGCGAGGAGGAGAGGGAGGGGUGUACGGGUGUGGGGAGUGGUGCUGCGGGUGUGGGGAGCGAUGAAGUGAGCAGGGCCUUGGAUGCGUCUCAGAAAGCUGUUGGUGUUGGCAGUGAGGAGGGCGGUAAACGUCUGGAGUUGUCUCAAAGAGCUCUUGGUGUUGGGAGUGACGAGGGGAGUAAGGAUUGGAAGGAGAGGAAUGUGAUCUGCACCCAGUAUCCCACCAAAACGAAUAACGAGGCACGUCAUAACAGGGGUAUGAACGUGUUCAGCACUCGGUUUUUUGUUAUCGAGCCAAGGCGUGGAGUGGGGAGCGGAGAGGGGGAGGAGAGAGAGGAGGAGGAGGGGGAAGGAGAAGAAGAGGAGGUCGAGGAGAUUAUAAUGGAGGAAAAGGAGGAAGUAGAGGAGUCUGAGGAGGAGUGGGAGGAGGGGGAAGAGGAGGGGGGAGAGGAUGAGGAGGAAGAGGAGGAGGAGGAGGAAGAGGAGGAGGAGGAGGAGGAGGAGGAGGAGGAGGGGGAGGAGGAGGAGGAGGAAGAAGUGGAGGAGGAGGAAGCAGACGAAGACGAGGAAGGGGAGGAUAACGAAGGAGAAAAUGAUGAGGCUGGAGGAGGGAACGAGUGGCGAGAGGUGGAGGAGGGGGGCACGGAGAACUAUAAUGGGCGUCCGCAUUCCCGCACAGCCUCGUGUGAGCGGUUGAGUGCGGCAGGAGUGGGGGCCACAGAGGCCUGCGGGGGCCACAGAGCCCUGUGGGGCGGACAGCUGGCUCAUGCGGCACAGCACAUGCUGGAGCGAACAGCUCGUUUUUCAUCUAUUGGAGAGGUGGCACACGGAGAGCUGGUGGCAGGGGCUGCAGCGAUACACAAGCAAUAUGCCAGUGCGCAGGACGAGCUGAGAAAGGCCCUGGAGCUCCUCCGAUCACAGGCGUCCAGGCGCAGGGGCGCACCUCCGAGAUGA